AAACGGAUAAUUCACUUUAGACAGACAAAAGUAAAGCCCAAUCGUGUUUAAGGGAUUUGAUACAAUCGGAGUAGAUAACCAAUAAGCUACAGAGGGGGCGGAGCGGUGGGUGUUGCAGAGACACGUGUACAGGGAAACCAGGAAGUGCAGACUGAUCGAUAAAGUGCAGGAGCUUGCAUCAUGAUAGAUGGUUACAGUCCAGUGUUCCAGUCCCUUUUGGGAACCCUAUUUACAUGGGGAAUGACUGCUGCUGGAUCUGCAUUGGUCUUCAUUUUCUCCAGUGGGCAGAGGCAGAUUCUGGAUGGAAGUUUGGGAUUUGCAGCUGGGGUGAUGCUUGCUGCAUCCUAUUGGUCUCUUCUUGCCCCUGCUAUUGAGAUGGCUGAAAAUUCCAACCAGUAUGGCAGCUUCGCUUUUGUGCCUGCAGCUGUUGGUUUUUCUGUUGGGGCAGGCUUUGUAUACUUGGCCGACCAGCUACUACCAGCUCUGGGCUUCACUGAGGAUCCCUACUCCGUUGCCACACUGAAUCAGGACUCCAAACCCAUCAAGGAGAAGGAUGAGGGGAUGUCAUAUGAGGAUAAAGAGCUCAGCAUUCGGAUAGACAAGAUUGAGAAUGGGGACGUGUACCAGAGAAAGAGAGGGACUGUAUCACCUUUGGCUGAAGACUUUUCCAUGCUUAAUCCCAGUGAACCAGCGCACAAGGGAGGAAGCAGCUGGCGGCGUAUCAUGCUUCUUAUAUUGGCUAUUACCAUUCACAAUAUUCCAGAGGGACUUGCUGUCGGUGUGGGUUUUGGUGCCAUUGGGAAAACUCCAUCUGCAACAUUUGAAAAUGCCAGAAAUUUAGCACUUGGAAUAGGAAUUCAGAAUUUCCCAGAAGGCCUUGCUGUUAGUCUUCCAUUACGGGGGGCAGGAGUUUCCACUUGGAAAUCGUUCUGGUAUGGUCAGCUGAGUGGCAUGGUGGAACCCAUUGCUGGCCUUUUGGGAGCCGUUGCCAUUUCCCUGGCUGAACCUCUUCUGCCUUAUGCCUUGGCCUUUGCCGCUGGUGCUAUGGUCUAUGUAGUGACUGAUGAUAUUAUUCCUGAAGCACAAGCCUGCGGUAACGGCAAGUUGGCCUCGUGGACUUGUAUAUUUGGUUUUGUAGUGAUGAUGUCGCUGGAUGUCGGCCUGGGCUAAUGUAUCAGAACGAAGAGGGCUACAAAGGAGGAUCACAAGUAUUAAAGAUAUGAGACUUUUUAAUAGACCAGCAUCCUGUAUAACUGAAGUAAGAUGCACACAUAUAGUAAGUUUUUCAAUAGGUUUUGUAAUGAAGAAGCUUGUGCAUCUAAACACCUUAUUUCAUGGUUACAGUAUUUAUCGGUCUGUUACAAAUAAUCAUACCUUCAGUACUCUUUUAUUGUGGGACCUUCACAGCUCGACCUUUUACUGCAUAAAGGAGGUUCUUAAGAAAUGAAGGGCCGAGUGUCAGCAUCUCAGAAGUGUUUACAGUUUAUUCUAAUGACUUUUUAUUUGAUUUGCUGCAUUUAUUUAUCCAAUGUUUCAUUGUCUAAUGAUUGAUGAGGGUGUGGGGAGAUCAUUCUAGAAGUAUGUGCUUUUCUAUGAGAUACAGUGAGCUGGACCACUGGGUUAUUCUGACCAAAGCACCUGACCAAAUAUUGGGGAACAGUUUUGAACGAAUGCUCCACAGCCUUAUCUUUGUCAUUACUGAAAAUCCACUGUAUUGAUGCCCUCCUUCAUCUUUUAGUGGGAAUGCAUUGCUCAUAGUGGCCAUUAACUUGGGCACUUUACAUGGGCCAACAGACAGCCACUUUGAUUACGAGAUUAUUAGAUAUACACUGUACAAUGUUAAUGAAUCACUUUAGAGAGGGAACUUAAACAUUCCAAUUUUGUUAAUAUUUGCACAAAUUUCAUUUGGGACAUUAUUGCUGUCCCAGUGAUUCCUUCCUUGGUCCUUUACCCAAAAAGGUAACCAGAUGCCCUACUGUUUCCAAAAAAUUACUAGGAUUAGUAAUUCAAUAGCUGUAAAGUGGUGGUGGGAUGAGAUUUAUCCUCGUUUGGGUUACUAGGAUCCCUGUGUUUUUAUUUAAACAUGAUGAUAUGUUGAUGAGUAAAGCUAAUGUUUAUGGUUUGGUUUUAAAGUACCUUUUCAUUUUCUGUUAUUAAAGACAAGAAUUGUUUCUA